GGCAGGCUGACGGUCUGAAGCUGGCGGAAGUGACGUCAAGGAAAGGGCAGGGGGUGGCUAGAGAGUGCCAGAGCCUUCCAGAAAGCAGGGCCAGGCUACUAAUUGCUGCUGCGUGAGUUACCUCACAUACUUGCACAAUGGUUGACUACAGCGUGUGGGAUCACAUUGAAGUGUCCGACGAUGAGGACGACACCCAUCCCAACAUUGAUACAGCUAGCUUGUUCAGGUGGCGCCACCAGGCCCGUGUGGAAAGGAUGGAGCAGAUUGACAAAGAGAAGGAAGAUCUGGAGAAAGGGGCAAAUGAAUGCAAGAAAAAAUUACUGGAUUGUCAGAAGAAACUAAAGGAGAUGGAGGUCCAAGAAUCUGCAAAGUCUGAGGCAAAGAGACUGCAGCAGGAGCUGGAUCAACUGAAGAAAGAGGAGAAGAAGUGGAAGAAUAAGGAGGAUGAGCUGAAGAAGAAGGAAAAGACUUUGCCAUGGAAUGUGGACACACUGAGCAAAGAAGGCUUUAGCAAGAGCGUGUUUAAUACAAAACCAGAAAAUAGCGAAGUGUCGGAAGAAGAGAAGGAGCAAAAACACAAAACCUUUGUGGAAAAGAAUGUCAAGCAGUUGAAACAUUUUGGAAUGCUGCGUCGCUGGGAUGACAGCCAGAAAUACUUAUCUGAUAAUUCCCACUUGGUGUGUGAAGAAACAGCCAAUUAUCUGGUCAUCUGGUGCAUUGACCUGGAGGUGGAAGAGAAACACAGCCUAAUGGAACAAGUGGCUCACCAGACCAUCGUCAUGCAGUUCAUUUUAGAACUGGCGAAGAGCCUGAAGGUGGAUCCCAGAGCCUGCUUCCGCCAGUUCUUCACCAAGAUUAAGACCGCAGAUCAGCAAUAUAUGGACGCGUUCAAUGAUGAGCUGGAAUCCUUUAAGGGGAGAGUCCGGGAGAGAGCCAAGGUUCGGAUAGAGAAAGCCUUGAAGGAAUAUGAGGAAGAGGAACGGAAGAAGAGGCUAGGCCCAGGAGGGUUGGAUCCUGUAGAGGUUUAUGAAACGCUUCCUCCUGAAUUGCAGAAAUGUUUUGAUUCAAAAGACAUUGAGAUGUUGAAAGAGACAAUCAGUAAAAUGGACCCCAAGGAAGCCAGCGUUUACAUGAAGCAAUGCGUUGACUCAGGACUCUGGGUUCCGAAUGCCAAAGAUGGCCUUGGUGCUGAUGGCGCAGAAACAGAACCUGUAUAUGAAGAAGCCAAGACCGAAACAGGCGAUGAGAGCACAGCGUCAUAAAAUUUCCAGUCUUGGAGUUGGGGGGAAACGAGAGCGUCCUCUCCAAAGCAGCAGUUCAAUAUGGUGCAAUAGAAUUAGCAAGAUCUCUUGUGCAAGCUCUGGGGGGGGAAGAUACAGCAAAUACCAUUAACCUGAAAGGGGAACAAAGCUCUGGUGAUGUGGGCAACGCAGGAUACACUUCAAGUGUAAAAUGCCAUAUAUUCCCAAGCUCCAUGAUUUAUGGCAGUUAGUUAAAUACAUAUUUGUUUAUUUUUUUACCCAGGAGAUUGUGAUUUUUAAAAUAAUGUGGGUUAAGAUCACCAUCCUGGGAGUUGUUAAUGAGCAUCUGAACUCCUUAGAGCCAAGCAUGCAGAUUGGGGACAGAUUACCUCCAUAUUUUGCUAGUUUGUUGCGUGUAAACUAGCCGUUGGGACACUUUUAAUCCGGUUUCCCAUGUGGCUGUGAAUCCUUAGCCUGUCCCGCUUUUAUGUUUAUUGUUACAGCACUGAAAAUAACAUAAAGUUACUUUUUUCACUGUA